AUGCUCUGCGAGCUGUCAUUCGAGCAGCUCUGCUUCUCGGACCUUAGGAGUGAGAUCCCAGGCGAUGAGGACGGAGACUGCUUUGGGCUCCAUUCCGUUACCUCUCUAACGCCGGCAAGACAUGGCAAGACAUGCGCAGAUCGGACAAAAGACUAUGAUCAGGAGAUCCAUGACGAGAAGCUGUCGCUGCCAGAGUACAAGACGAGGCAGCUGAGAGCUCUUGCACAUUGCAUCGAGCUGCUGAGCAAUGCCAAGCGACCUGUCGUGCUUGCUGCAACGGGAGAGGAGCUCAAACUCUAG